AGCCGCCUUUAAUGCGACAUGACAGCCUAACACGUCAUUAUCUCGUUUGUUUGUCAUAAAAGGUGCUUCACGCGCACAGCAACUUCGAAAACAUGUAAUUACCAAUUAACUCCCUCACGCAAAUUACCUACCACCAUCAGAAUUCGGUUUGCUUCUCGCUCUAAUUAGACGAUGUUCGUGACAUGAAUACGCGAAAAGGAUGUGAUUGCACACAUCAUAUUUGACACAAUUUUGUAUGAUAUCGAUUAGUGACGUGCCGUACGUCGCGACGCUAUUUAUUUGCAACAGGCGAAGCAACAGGCGGUUUAGUUUUCAAGACGCCUCCGACGUGACGACGUGGUUCGUUUCGUUCGCGCGCGCGUUUACUUCAAUAUGUUGCGAGUUUUGAACGGGGAGUGAGCCCAAAAUGGUCGACUUAGGAUUUGGGACCGGGGGGAGCAGAUUCGUGUGCCCCAAUGACCGUCAGCUCGCACUUCGGGCGAAAUUGAAAACGGGAUGGAGCGUGAAAACCUCAACCUUCGGAUACAAAUCAUCUCCGGCACCCUUGAGAGAUGACGAGCAAACGGCGAUCCUCGAGGUCAUCCGUCGCGCGGAACAGUUGGAUAUCGUGGAGCAGGAAAGGGUUGGAAAAUUAAUUGAGAGAUUAGAAAAUAUGCGGCGCAACGUUUUGGGACGUAGCACGUCGCAGUGUUUGCUUUGCGGGGAUCGUUUCGGGAUCUUGGGGUCCCAAAAGGCGAGGUGCGUCGACUGUCAGCGGUUCGUCUGCCAAAAGUGCUCCAUCGAGACGAUCUCGUCGGGUAAGCAACGAUGUGCAGGGAAAGAAUCAUGUCUAUGCAUGAUAUGUUCCGAAACGAGAGAAAUAUGGAAAAAGUCAGGAGCGUGGUUCUUCAAAAGUUUGCCCAAAUACACAUUGCCAAAUCAGUCGUACGGUACAAAUAAGUCCUCGCUUCGUAAUUCAAGGAGAUACAAAAACUACGACGACGACAGCAGCUCGGACGAGGACGCCCGGUUGUGGGAAAGGAUUCAGAGCAAUCGACGAGGUUCCAACACCGAGAGUAUGCACGAUGCGGCCGAAGUUCUCUCCCAGUCCUUGCCAAAAUCGUUCAGUAGACAGACCAGUGCGAUUGACACGCAGGCAUUUAAAGAAGACCAUCCUUUACGCGAACACCUCAGCACACUCACACUCGACGAGACCAAAGCUUGGGAAGACCCGGCCUGCGAGAACAGCGGAAAUAGCUCGCAGGCCUCAAAAGAAUCGUUCGCUUCAGAACUCAACUGGGCCGACUCCCGAACUGAGGGAAAAAGAUCGUCCAGCAUCUGCAGCAUUAGUAGCAGUAUUUUUAAGACUUCGAACGAAGAGCGAAAGGUCGACUCGUCGGUGGGAACUAUGGAACUUGCGCUUACUUACGAUCCCGUCAACUUGACGUUACACUGCUCGGUGUACCGCGCCAAAAAUCUGAUAGCUAUGGACAUCAACGGACUCGCCGAUCCCUUUUGUAAACUCAACAUCCUUCCCGACGCUAAAACGUACACGAGACUACGAACGAAAACGGUGCACAAAUCUAGAAAUCCGGAGUUCAACGAGAACCUGACCUUCUACGAGAUCAACGAGAAGGAUUUGAGCACGAAGUCUCUCCACGUUUUGGUACUGGACGACGACAAGUAUGGGCAUGAUUACAUGGGGGAGGCAAACAUUCCGCUUGCGAAACUUCGCGUCCAAAAUACCGUAUACCUGUGCGUCCCGUUGGAGAUGCUCAGAGCCGAGCAAAAGGGACCUCCGCUGUCGCCCGAUCUAAAUCAAUGGUUGGACGAUUUGUGGUUACGUGGACAGAUACUCCUCUCGCUCUGCUACAGCACGAAAAAGCGUGCGUUACUCGUCGGGGUCGUCAAGUGCACAAACCUACUUCCGAUGGACAAUAACGGCUAUUCGGACCCUUUCGUCAAAUUACAUUUAAAGCCAGACCCGUACCACAAGAAGCACAAGACGACGAUCAAGUGGAAGAAUUUGAAUCCGAUAUUCAACGAGGAGUUCGCCUUUGAGACCCGAUUAACCGAGCUGUCGACGCAAAGUCUGCACAUAACCGUCUGGGAUAAGGACUACGGCAAGAGCAACGAUUACCUGGGCGGAUUGGUUUUGGGCGGCUUGGGAUCGAAGGGUCAGCGCCUGAAGCACUGGCUCGACAUGAUCCACUAUCCCGACCAUCGUCACGAGUCCUGGCAUAAUUUAACCGAGGAUACGACGCUGCUCGAUUAAACCGUAGCGGAAGACCGGUGCGACGCCUAUUUUUCUAACUUUAGUUAGUUGUGAGUCAAUUUGAUAAGAUUUACACGAAUAAAUAAAGAGUUCUUUGAAUCUUCCACUUUA